GCCGCCUGGGCACCCAGCGCUUUUCUCCCUUGGGCCCGGGAGGCUACAGCGGGGCUGGGGCUGGGGUCAGGGCCAGGCUUUGAGAAUUGGAAAAUCAAAAAGGUUUUGAUGUUUUGUGUGGCACCAUCUGAAUUAGAAACCAAGAUGAACAUAACCAAAGGAGGUCUGGUAUUGUUUUCAGCAAAUUCGAAUUCAUCAUGUAUGGAGCUUUCGAAGAAGAUUGCUGAAAACCAGAGUACAGAUUCAGGAAUCUGUGAGGGGAAAAGACGUUUUCAUCAUCCAAACUGUUUCAAAGGAUGUGAAUACUACUGUCAUGGAGCUCCUGAUCAUGGUGUAUGCCUGUAAGACCUCUUGUGCCAAGAGUAUCAUCGGUGUGAUUCCGUACUUCCCUUACAGCAAGCAGUGCAAGAUGAGAAAAAGAGGCUCCAUUGUCUCCAAGUUGCUGGCUUCAAUGAUGUGCAAAGCUGGUCUGACUCAUCUUAUUACUAUGGAUUUACACCAGAAGGAAAUUCAGGGCUUCUUCAAUAUUCCAGUUGAUAAUUUAAGGGCAUCUCCCUUCUUGUUACAGUAUAUUCAAGAAGAGAUCCCGGAUUACAGAAAUGCAGUGAUUGUGGCCAAGUCACCAGCCUCAGCCAAGAGGGCACAGUCUUUCGCAGAGCGCCUGCGCCUGGGGAUUGCCGUGAUUCAUGGGGAAGCGCAGGAUGCUGAGUCCGACCUGGUGGAUGGGAGACACUCCCCACCCAUGGUUAGGAAUGCUGCCGCCAUCCAUCCCAGCCUGGAGAUCCCCUUGCUGAUUCCUAAAGAAAAGCCUCCAAUCACAGUUGUUGGAGAUGUCGGAGGAAGGAUUGCCAUAAUUGUGGAUGACAUCAUCGAUGACGUUGACAGUUUUCUGGCUGCAGCAGAGACCCUGAAGGAAAGAGGGGCGUAUAAGAUCUUUGUGAUGGCAACCCAUGGCCUGUUAUCUUCAGACGCCCCGCGGCUAAUUGAGGAAUCCGCCAUUGAUGAGGUGGUGGUAACCAACACAAUUCCACAUGAAAUCCAGAAACUCCAGUGCCCCAAAAUUAAAACUGUGGAUAUCAGCAUGAUCCUUUCAGAAGCCAUCCGUCGGAUUCAUAAUGGAGAAUCCAUGUCCUACCUUUUCAGAAAUAUAGGCUUAGAUGACUGAACAGCUUCUCUUUUUUUAGAACCGUUGAGGGCCAAACUGGAAACAACAUGGACUGGACUGCAAUGGAUUAUGCUUGGCUUUGCAUAUUUCACAGGAUGCAUUUUGUUUCCUCUCCCCAAUACCCUUUCUUCUUGUUAAUGCCUAUGGAGGUAGAGUAACUUUUUAAGUAGGUUUGGGUGUUUGUGAGGUUUUUGGGGGCAAUUUUUAUAAAAGAAAACUUUAUUCUCCUGUUAAGUAAGUUAAGACCUAGUUGUUUUUUGUUUAGCUAUUUAAAAGAUAACACUUAGAAUAAGAUUUUUAAGCUCACAAACAGCCUUUUUCCAAAGUUGCUUGAGCCCAAGUCCUUAAUGUUAAUAAGAUAAAAUGAUCUACUGUAUGAUACCUGCAGUUGAAAAGUCAAAAAUAUCAUACCGUUGAAUCCAGUAAAUGACAUUUUUAGAAAUGCUUCUGUGGACAAGCAUAUGAAAUACGUGAUCAUAUUUAUUUUCUGCAGCAAAAAAAGGAAUAAAACUUUGUUGUGUACAUGUGUGUUUUUUAACUUUAUGUUUCAGCAGUUGUUUUAUAACUGAAAUAAAAUGAAAGUGAAUUAACAUGCUCUGGAUAUAGGAA